AUGAAAAGAUUUUACUUCAGCAUCUUCUUGAGAGUAAUGCAAAACCACAGCUUUGUCACUCAGUUCAUACUCCUUGGACUUUCACAGAAUGCAGAAGUUGAGAAAAUAUUGUUUGUGAUAUUUUUAUUGAUCUACCUUGCAACCCUUUGGGGCAAUAUGAUAAUUGUGGUUACCAUUAUCUACAGUCCCACACUGCUUGCUUCCCCCAUGUACUUCUUUUUGAUAUUCUUGUCCUUACUGGAUGCAUGCACUUCAUCUACUGUCUCACCCAAGAUGAUUAUAGACUUCUUCUUUGAGAGAAAGACCAUUUCAUUUGAAUGCUGUAUGACACAACUAUUUGCAUUCCACUUUUUCAAUGGGAUAGAGGUAAUUGUCCUGUCAGCUAUGGCUUAUGACCGCUAUGUGGCCAUUUGCAAGCCUUUGCACUACACUUCCAUUAUGACCCGGAGGAUCUGUGGCAUUUUGGUGGCAAUAUCCUGGGCUGGAGGAUUCUUGCAUUCUAUCAUACAAAUUACCUUUACUUUGCAGCUGCCCUUCUGUGGACCUAAUGUCAUUGAUCACUUCAUGUGUGACUUGUUCCCAUUACUGAAGCUUGCUUGUACUGACACACACAUAUUUGUCAUUUUAGUAUUUGCUAACAGUGGGUCUAUUUGCAUCAUAAUUUUUUCUAUUUUGCUUGUCUCCUAUGGUGUAAUAUUGUACUCUCUGAGAGCCCACAGCUCUGAAGGGCGACUUAAAGCUCUCUCCACCUGUGGAUCCCAUAUCACUGUUGUGGUUCUGUUCUUUGUAUCAUGCAUAUUAAUAUAUGCACGACCUACGGCUGCCUUCUCUUCUGAAAAAAAUGUGCUUGUAUUUGCUACAAUUAUGACACCACUUGUGAAUCCGAUGGUCUACACUUUCAGAAAUCAGGAAAUGAAGAAUGCCAUCAGGAAAAUGUGGAAGCAAUUGAUACUGCUUUGUGAUGAUUAUUAA